AUGCCUUCGCUCUCGGGCGUGUCGGACAUGGAUUACCCUCUGCAGGGACCGGGACUGAUCAGCGUGCCGAGUCUCCCGGAGCUCAGCGCCAUCCGCAGGGUUCCUCUGCCUCCGGAGCUCGUCGAGCAGUUCGGUCAUAUGCAGUGCAAUUGCAUGAUGGGAGUUUUCCCUGAAAUCUCCAGAGCGUGGCUCACCAUUGAUAAUGACAUUUUUAUGUGGAAUUAUGAGGAUGGGAGUGAUGUCGCUUAUUUUGACGGGCUCAGUGAAACUAUUCUGUCAGUUGGACUGGUCAGACCUAAGCCUGGUAUUUUUCAGCCUCACAUCCACUUCCUGUUAGUGUUGGCCACACCGGUGGAUGUCGUGAUCCUGGGCUUGAGCUUCCCAAAAGCCCAUACAGGUCUGAAUGACAGCAUGUCAGGAGCCAUGCAGCUGUUGCCAGAUCCUCUCUACUCCAUCCCCACGGAUAACACCUACCUGCUAGCCAUCACCUCCACGGAUGUGGGCCGCGUCUUCAUGGCGGGGAAAGACGGCUGUCUGUACGAGAUCGCCUAUCAGGCUGAAGCGGGCUGGUUCAGUCAGCGCUGCAGGAAGAUCAACCACUCCAAGAGCAGCCUGUCCUUCCUCAUCCCUUCACUGCUGCAGUUCUCCUUCUCCGAGGACGAUCCCGUUGUCCAAAUUGCUGUUGAUAAUUCAAGGAACAUUUUAUACACGCGUUCGGAGAAGGGUGUCCUGCAGGUGUAUGAUCUCGGCGCUGAUGGGCAGGGAAUGAGUCGAGUCGCAGCCAUGUCUCAGAGCUCCAUCGUCUCAGCGGCUGGAAACAUCGCCAGGACGAUCGACCGCUCCGUGUUCAAACCCAUCGUUCAGAUCGCAGUUAUUGAUCGCUCGGAGUCGUCAGACUGCCAGCUGUUGGCCGUCACUCAUGCUGGUGUGCGUCUCUACUUCAGCAGCAUCCCUUUUGCUCCUCCAAACGCUAAACACAUGUCGGCCCGGCCCUGCGUGCUGGCGCUGGUGCAUGUGCGUCUGCCGCCUGGAUUCUCUGCGUCCUCCACUCUCCAGAAACCAGCUAAAGUACACAAGGCUCUCUACAGUAAAGGAGUUUUGCUGAUGGCUGCGUCUGAGACAGAAGACAGCGACAUUCUCUGGUGCAUCAACCACGAUUCCUUUCCCUUUAAAAAGCCCCUCAUGGAAGCUCAGAUGACCGUGAAUGUGGACGGUCACUCCUGGGCUCUGUGUUCAAUCGAGGAAACCGAAUCUCCCAGAAUCCUCACUCCUCUCAAUAAAGAUCUCAUUCCAGUCACUGACACUCCUCUGGUCGUUCAGCAGCAAAGUGUCCCACCGCAGAAGUUUGUUCUCCUGUCCGCUCAGGGGAGUCACAUCUUCCACAAGCUGCGGCCGGUGGAUCAGCUGCGCCACCUGCUGGUGAGCAGCGCUGGAGGAGAGAGCGAGGAGAUCGAGAGGUUCUUCAAGCUGCAUGGGGAAGGGCAGGCGUGUGCCACAGCGCUCAUCUUGGCCUGUUCCUCUGCAGCGUGUGAUCGAGAGGUUUCUGUUUGGGCCACACGAGCCUUCUUCAGGUACGGUGGAGAGGCUCAGAUGCGUUUCCCAUCUGCCAUUUCUGCCCCCAGUAACGUCGGGCCGCUCUUCAGCUCCCCCGUGCCAGGAUCCCCAAUGCCUGUCGGCAGCCCCCUACCAAACCCCAGUUUUCUUGCCACACCUGCGCCAGGCAUGUUCCCGCCGAAUAUGUCGACGCCUUACGUCCCAGCGACUCCCAUGAGCCCGAGCGUUGUAGUGACCUCCUCUGGACCCGAGGUCAUCUUCUCUGGAAAACACAACGGCAUCAGUAUCUACUUCACUCGCAUACUGGGGAACAUCUGGGAUGGGAGUCUUUCGGCGGAGACCAUCUUAACCAACGGGAGUCAGACUGUGACUAUUCUGGAGAGCACAGCCAGUUCAUCUGAUCUGGAGGUCGUACUGCUGGAGCUUCAGGGCUUGAAGGAGUUCCUGGACAAAAACUCCCAGUUCAGUCCGACUUCUCUGGGUGUGGCCAAUUUCAGCUCGCCAGCAAACCUACAGCAAAGGCUUCUGGGAUUCAUGCGGCCCGAUGGUUCCAGCUCUCAGCAAGUGCAGCAGGAGCUCCAGAGGAAGUACCACACGGAGGCUCAAGCGUAUGAGAAAGCGUCUCUUCAGGCCAUGCAGCAGUUGAUCCAUCGCUCCUAUCAGACGCUGGCGCUCUGGAAGCUCCUGUGUGACCAUCAGUUCAGCCUCAUCAUCUCCGAGAUGCCCAAAGAGUUUCAGGACCAGAUUAAGGCGGUGAGUUUUAAGGAUGUGGUUGUUUCUGGACUCGAGCUGAGUGGCGCUCUCAUCACCGCCAUCAUUAACGUGUACAUCAAAGACAGCGCGUGUGUAGACACCGUCAGUGCUCACCUGAGAGACAUCUGCCCUCUGCUGUACAGCAGCGACGACAGCAUCUGCUCAAAGGUACCUGUGCUUCUCAAUGAGACUCCGUUUAUUCCUUGACCAUAACUAUGCUGUUUUUGUUUUUUGAUUAUUUUAACGCUGAAGGAGUCCCUGCGCCUCUAUCAGCAGAUCAGUCACCACACAGACCUGCCCCUCGUCUGCUCACAGUACCGGCAAGUGCGCUUCUAUGAGGGAGUGGUGGAGCUGUGUCUCACAGCUGCUGAUAAGAAAGACCCUCAGAAGCUGGGGCUGCACUUCUACAGGAACGGAGAGCCGGAGGAGGACUCCAGCGGCCAGCAGGCCUUCGAGCAGCGGCUCUGCUGUUACAAAUGCAUCACGGACACCAUGCAGGAGCUGGUGAACCAGAGUAAAGCAGCCCCUCAGUCUCCCAGUGUCCCUAAACAACCCGGACCCCCCGUCAUGACCUCUGACCCCAACAUGCUGAGCAAUGAGGACGCUGCCGCUCAUUUUGAGCAGAUGCUGGGUCUCGCUCAGAGAUCUCAAGACGAGCUCUUCCACAUCGCGCUCUAUAACUGUCUCAUUCAGGCCGAUCUCACCGACAAACUCCUGGAGGUGAACUCAAUCUACCUCGAGGAUCAUCUGAUGCACAUGAUCAAACAGGACCAGAGUAAAGUGCGUAACAUGGACCUUCUGUGGCGAUACUACGAGAAGAACAGAAGCUUUGGCAAAGCGGCACACGUUCUGGCGCGGCUAGCGGAUAUGCACAGCACGGAGAUCUCUCUGAAGCAGCGUCUAGAGUACAUCUCCAGAGCCAUCCUCUCUGCCAAGAGCUCGUCCUGCGUCUCUUCACUGGGAGCCGACGGAGAGUUUCUGCAUGAACUGGAGGAAAAGAUGGAGGUGGUGCGCAUUCAGGUGCAGAUCCAGGAAUCCCUGCGCAGACAGUAUUCCCAGCAUCCUUCGGUGCAGGGAGCCAUUACACAGCUGGACUCCGAGCUCAUGGACAUUACCAAGAUGUACGGUGAGUUUGCGGAUCAUUUCCGGCUGUCGGAGUGUAAGCUGGCCAUCAUUCACUGCGCGGGGCAUUCGGACCCCAUCCUGGUGCACUCGCUGUGGCAGGAGAUCGUGGAGAAGGAGCUGAGCGACAGUGUGGCCAUGAGCCCCACGGACCGCAUGAGAGCUCUGAGCCUGAAGCUCGUGUCGCUGGGGAAGUUAUACGCCGGAACACCUCGAUACUUCCCAUUAGACUUCCUGGUCAAGUUUCUGGAACAGGAGGUGUGCCGAUUGAACUGGGACGUGGGCUUCGUCACCUUCACCAUGCAGGAGAUUGGAGUUCAGCUUCCACGACUGCUGGAGGUUUACGACCAGCUCUUCAAGACACGGGACCCGUGUUGGCAGCGCGUGAAGAAGCCGCUGCACCUGGUGGAGUGCAUCCAUGUGCUUCUGUCAGGAUAUGUGAAUGAUCCCAGCCGUGUGCCCACCUAUGACAGACGGAGGUUUACUAACGCUUGUCUGGAUAACAUCUGCGGUUAUCUGGUGGAGCUGCAGUCCUUGAGUCCAAACGUGGCCCUGCAGGACAUUAUACACAACUUUAAAUGCCUUCAGACCAAACUGGAGAAGCUCCAUUGAUGACAGUGAAGUGUUUUGCUCUUGAUGUCAGACGUCCUGAUACUCCAGCAGCCUGACGCCUCUCAUCACAGCGGGACUUCAGUCUUUAUAUUCACUGAACAUUUAUAAUGUUCACUCAUCCAGCCCAACAGACGGCCGAAAUGAACACCUCAGAUAUGCGUGCUUUGGUUUGCAUACGUUUUUUGUGGUCAUCAGCAGAUAUGAAGGUGUGGAAAACAUGAUUUCAAUUUCUUAUUCAGUUAUUAAUUGAUCAUUGGUGUCUGUACAGUCUGUAUGUGUUCAUAAACUGUCCGAGGAGGCACUUAUUCUAGAUAUUUUCUCCUGCUGAAACACUAUCUGUGGUUGGUAACUUCCCCAUUGAUGCUGUUUUUUACGUUUCUGUAUUGAGGUGUGGUUGUGGAUGGAUGGGAUGAAAGGAAACAACAUGCUCUCGUGUGUUUUGUGCUAGUCGUCAGGUUCAGCAAGAGACGCUUUUAUGGAAAACACACGUUUUUAUGAAAGCCUGAAACUUUCAACCACCCUCUAGUUUUGUGUAAUAUGUAUUGCAAAUGAUUUGAAAAUAAUAAAAACAAAGUUUUGUU